AUGUCACCCCAUUCGGAGAAUAAUUCCUCGGUCGCUGAGAGAGAUAAAUGGCUCGGUCAAGAGAUCUUUCGUUUUUCGCUCGCGAAAGAGUUCGUCCAAUAUUUACCUGCGAAAGUCCCCUCCAAUGAAUACGAUAACCUAUUCGCGAAAUGUUUGGAAUGCUACCAAUACCGAUCCGCGUGCGAAGACCCGGACAUUUGCGGUGAAUCUUUUCCAAGCGGCUAUCGUGCUGAGGAGAGAGAAUAUCAAGAUAUCUUGUUCAGUUAUAUUGGAUCUAUCGGCAGUACAGAACCGGAUGUACUUGCGCGUCUGCACAAAUAUAUUCCAUUUGCCCACGACUGGAAAGCUUCAAAGAGCGAUCAAGGCCCGGGGGGUAAAGUACCGUCAAGGCCCGUCGAAAGAACGCUUACUCAAUUGCCCACUACACGACGACUCUGGGGGGAAUCUGGCCAAGAUGUGACGGACUCGAGAGAUAGGCAGCUUGAUAGAAUUGCAAGAUACACUUCACUGCUGUACGAGCAGGGACAGAUGAUAUGUGCGAUGCCCGAGUAUGAGGAACAAGGACAAUUUUCUAGUACCGGCCUACCUUGGUUCUCUGCUACAGUCAGGUUUCGAGGAGUUGAAGGUCAUGGCUCCGGGCCUAACAAGAAGAUAGCAAGGCACGCUGCGUCCAAGGAUGCUUGCGACAAACUAGGUAUUUCUUGA